AUGGAGGAAAUAUUACAUCAAAUCAAACAGCAGCUGGGACGAAUCGAAACUAAACUGGAUGACUGCCAGAAGCAGAUACAGGAAAUUAGGAAUGAAAAUCAACAGCUCAAAAAAGAAAACGAAGAAUUAAAAACAACCAUCGCCCAUCAAAACGACAAAAUUGGAUAUCUGGAAAGGGAAAUAAAGAAAAAUAACUUAAUAAUACACGGAGUAAAAGAAAUGGAAAACGAAAACGAACUACAGCUGAAGGAAGCAACAAGAAUUAUCCUACGAGAAAUGGGAAUCAACGAGGCCGUGGAAGCGGAAAUCAGUGAAAUCUAUAGAAUAGGAAAGCCAGAAAAUAACAAAACAAGACCAGUGUUUAUAAAAAUUAAAAAUCACGGUUUGAAGGUCCAAAUAAUUAAACAUGCAAAAAACCUAAGAGGGACAGAAAUAUAUAUUUCAGAGGACUACCCCAAACACAUAAUUGAGACAAGGAGAACAUUAAUACCGUACAUGAAAAAAACGAGAGAGACAGGACACCACUCCUACAUAAAAUAUGACAAACUAAUGGUAAAUGGCGAAGAGUACAAAUUAGAAGAGUUAGAGGUACAAGAACCUGAAGAAACGAAUACAGACAUGUCCAAAAAAGGCAGAACAAUAAGUCAAAGAUCACCGACGAACUCGAACGCGGUAUCUAAAAAAGCUAUUAGCUUAGGAAACUUAACAAAAAACUAA